CUCCUCUCCCCUCAGAAAAUGUUAUUUUUCCCUGUCUUAAAGAGAAAAUCAACACUCGAUCUCAGCAUAGUAUUUCAUAUUCUUGUUUUCUUCUCUUGUAAUAAUGUCCAAGGCAAGUGUAGACCUGGUUGUGACCGUGCCUUAGCUUCAUACUACUUAUCCGGAGAUGUUUCCGAUCUCACAUACAUCAGCACCCUCUUCAACCUUAAAAAGUACACAGAAAUUCUUCAAUACAAUCCCCAAAUCAAGAAUGCAGAUUUCAUCAUCACCGGUGACAGAAUCAAGGUGCCAUUCCCUUGUCACGGCUGUGUGAACGGCGAUGUCUUGGGUCAUACCUUUUCUUACACGAUCAAGAACAGAGAUACCUAUGACAAGGUCGCUCAGACGGAUUAUGCUAAUCUCACAACGGGCGAUUGGGUGCACAAGAUGAAUAGUUAUGAGCCCCACAUGCUUCAGCCCAAUAUGAAGAUCAAUGUGACGGUGAACUGCUCGUGCGGGGAUGGAAGGGUGUCCAAAGAUUAUGGGUUGUUCAUGACUUACCCUCUUCGCCCGGGGCAGACCUUAGCGUCGGUAGCAAGGGAGGCUGGGGUUUUGCCGGAGAUUCUCCAGAGGUAUAAUCCAGAGGUCGAUUUUAGUGCGGGGAGUGGACUUGUGUUCGUGCCGGUAAAAGGUUAGUACUACUUUCCGAAGUCUUUAGGUUAGAUGACCUGAUCAACACGACAGCUAUAAAGUCUCCAGCGUCGG